AUGUCGACCAUCACACUUCAAGACCACGGCAUUCCCGUCACUCUGCCUGACGGCCUUUCCCAAGAGCAGCUCCUCUCUUUCAAGCCCUUCCAUACCUGGGUCUCGACCCUGACGGCCUCCCUCGCCCUCCAAUCCAGCACGCCAUCCCACCCCUUCCACGUCUCGCCCUACCGCCUGCACGCCAUCACCGUCCAGGCCUACGACCUCUUCGGCCCCCGGCGCGUCGGGUUCCUCAAGGCCGUCGCCGACGUCUCCAACGCCGAGGGCGCGUCCCUCCCGGCCGCCGUGUUCCUGCGCGGGCCCAGCGUCGCCAUGCUCGUGACGCUCGUCCCCGACGACGCCGCCCCCGACAGCGACGAGCGCUACGCCCUCCUGACGGUGCAGCCGCGCGUCGCCGCCGGCAGCCUCGCCUUCGUCGAGCUGCCGGCCGGCAUGGUCGACGACGAGGGCAGCUUCGCCGGC